AUGACAGCCAUUUCAGAACUCAAAUAUGGUUGUAUUGGAGGACCAUUACAAGUACGGAUACUACGGAAAUGGAAACCAGAUAACCGCCGCCAUGAAACAUGGUAUCUGGCAGUCGACAAAUUUGGAGACGCCAUUCAGAUAUUAGGCCAACGAACCAACCAGGGUUAUAUAGAGUCUAUACUCACAAUCUCUGACUGUUUUACCAUUGAUGAAUAUACAUGUCCUCUGUUGGAUCAAUAUCAAAAAAUGUUAGAACAGGAUUUCUACAUAGAUGUUGGGAUUGCAUCCACGAUCCAACCAAUGCCUAACACAUCUAUCCUUCCAACAAGUUGGUUUCGUUUCCUACCAAAAAAACAAAUUCUAGAGUUGGGAGAAAACCCACCAUAUUGUCCAGAUUUCAUUGGAGUCAUCACCAAAGUGAAGGAUUGCAACAAAAAAGAUGGAGAGCCUUUUCUAUUGCUGGUCUUAGCUGAUGAAAAUGGUGAUGAACUUGCAAUUAAUCUUUGGAAAGAAUGCACCAAAUGUCCAGAGAAGUUUGAUCGUCAAAAAUUACUGCCUCUCCCUGUAACAACAGUUGUUGCGGUUACCAACCUAAAGGCUUCCAGAACUGACGUUGCAACACACCUCUAUGUUAAUCCUGACAUCCCAGACACUGCCCUACUGAUACACCGCUAUACAGGUCCAACAACACCUAUAAGUGAACAUACAGGCAUACAAACAACAAUUGAUGACCUCACAAAGAGGACACGUUCUGAGCUUUUGGAUAAGACAUUCAACCUGAAAGCAUCAAUCCAACAUGUCUUCUUUAAAGAUUACUGGUGUCAAGUGACAUGUCCUGUCUGUAAAGAUCCUAUUUUUGAAAAAGGCACCAACUGGUUUUGCAGUGCGCAUGACGAAACUGGUGUCUUAUCUGCAUCCAUAACUGAUUCUGUCGCACGAAAAAUAAUUGGCAAAGGGCCAGACAAACUCUUUGCAGAAAAUACACACCUAGGUAGACGAAACUUGCCUACCUCUAUCAAGACAAAUACAUCACCUGUAAAACAAAUGACAAUUCAGUUACUAAGAACCUCAGCAGCUGGUACCAUCCGUUUUCUCCUUGUGGAUAUUGCCGAUCUCCAACCUGUCGCCCAGUCAACAAUCCCACAGACCCCUACCCCGAUGGCUGAAACCAGAUUACCUGACCAAUACCGUAAAGAUUCAAUUGGAUCUACAACAUCACAAAAAAUCAGAUGUCUCAAAACGGUUGUCUUACACCCCUUUAGAGAAACAGCCUCAGAAAAGAUUAAGGUCGCAUAA